CUGUGUGGAUCUGUGAUUGUGAAGUUAACCUUAUUUUAUUUGUUUUGAAGAAUCGAUAAUAAUUAUUCAAUUUCAAUUUAUUUAUUGGAUACAUUUGAAGAUUUACUCCCCAUGAUGUGACUAAUUAUGUGCUUGUAAAUAAUUUUUCAUUGGAUUCGAUAUUAUUGACCAUAUCAUGAUAUCCCAACAACCGAUAGUUAAGGGUUCUGCCCAACAAGAUACUAUAAAAGAGGUGCAUUCUUUCUUGAUUAAUGCUCAGAAAUUAGACCAAUGUAAUUUAAUUGAAUUAACAAAAACUGCUUUGUGUUUAUUGAAGACUUUACCAUCAAUUCGUGGAUCUGUGUUCGAAUACUUCAGUAAAAUAUUCACUUUGGCAUCAUCGAGAUACAUUGUGGGAAUAGAAAAUGAAAUCAAAACUGGACAAGUACCAACACCGUCAGAAACUGAUGAAACAAUUGUUUCUGAAAUACAUUCAUUUAUGGUCAAUUUGAUUUGUGAUUCUCCGGAAUCUUGGUCUCCUAUUAUAAGUACAUGGUCCUUAGAGUUAUUGGGAGAAAUAUCCUCAAAUUUUUCUACUAGAACUCAUAUUAGUUCUGGUGCAGUUCUCAAUGAAACAUUACAACUUUGGAUGGGAUGCAGAGCAACAAGAACCUUAGUUGAUAUUAACACAAAAUGUCUUUCUAGUUUGAUGUACUCUGAUACAGAGGCAUGCAUCAAUGCUUUGUUAGAAACUUCAGUGAAACAUUCUCCAAAUUUUGACUGGGUUGUGGCGCAUGUAGGCAGUUGUUUUCCAAAUACUGUGAUAACGAGGGUGCUGUCAUGUGGCCUCAAAGAUUUUUGCAAAAAUAAAUUCUACGAGCAGGGCUGUAAUUCUCCUAAACUUAAGUCUGUAGUUGGUAUAUUAGGCCAUUUGGCAGGAAGUCAUGCAAAUGAUAUUAGAGCUGCAAUUGUGGAAAUGUUUCAGUGGAGUUUGGAGCCUUAUCAAAUAGGCGAUCCUGAGAAGUCGCUAAAAAAGAGUACUGUACCUUUCAUUUUGCAGUUAUCUUAUUUAUCUUCCACACUAUUAUCAUCGAUUUGCAGUAACUUAAAAGAAAUAAUCAGUAUUAACGUUAUUGAAAGCUUUUAUGUUUUCACUGAAGAUUGGUGUAAGUACUUUGGAACAGCAGAAACAAUUGAGGAUCUUGUUAUGACACUCAUUUUACAAUGCAAUACAGGGGGAGUACAGAUUGUUAGAUUACUUCUGGAAUGUAUAACUAAUGAAAACUGGACAUUAGCUGGUAGUAUUGUGAGUGGUAUCAAGGAAAAAUGUGGAAAACUAUUAUCUACUCUCUUGGUAGAAAUAGACAUGUCACUAAGAUUUAAGAACCCUAUCAACUUGGUGAAUUCGUUCAGUCAAGAUUUGAAUGAAAUCAAUAGGUUAUUGUUGAGUAAACACAAAAUCGAAUAUAUGACAGCAUCUCGACUUGUAGUAUUCUUAGGAAGGAAUGAUCCCUCAAUUCUAAUAAAUUCAGUUACUUUCAUCAUGCUGAAUUCCCAAGUCCCUGAACAUUUGGCCCUCCUCAUCAAGAUUUUAACACACGAGUUUGUUGAUAAGACGAAGUCACCGUAUUGCGACGAUGGAGGGUAUUUAGGGAUAGUAUUGAACCAAAUACUCAGUAAAGACAUUCAGAAAUUUUUCAUAUCGAAUCAGGAAACCAUCGAUUUGUCUCAAAUGUGGGAAAAUUUGUUAUUGCUGCUGAAGUGGGAAAAAAGUGAGAAGGUAAUGAUGCUCAAGGGGCAAAUGAUAUCGAGAGCAAUCUAUGCGAAUUUAGAAACUAUAACAUCGGUGUUUGGCAGUGAAAUACAUCACAUGCAUGUAAUUGCGGAAUUGCUUGAUAAAUUAGAGAUACCAUCAACUAAUACUCCUCUCACGUUGAACACUCCGGUUAUUUUAAAUUUGACCCAAUCUACUGUCAACUAUUUCUUUGCCUGCUGCGCCAGUCAUGAUGGUGGAAAUAAAAUAAGAGGAUUCAGGAAAGUCUGCUCCAUAUUGAAAAGACUCUGCGUUUUCUCCAAAGUUGCCAAAGUCUUGGCUCUGAGGGAACUGUUGGAACGAGCUCUAUUCCGAAGCGAUAACGUUCUGUUUGGAGCUGUGAAUACUGAAAAUUACACUAGCGAGAACUCGAAAAAGUUAUUACUGAAGCAAAACAAAAAAAUUAGUAAAACUAUUCCUUUAACCAAGCAUUCAUCCGUGUUCAAUGGUGGCAUUAUUGGGGGUGGAAAGAGGAAAUUCGAACAGCCGGAAGAAUUGCCUGCCGAAGUGGUGUCUUCUAAUAUUUCCGAACUGAUUAAUACGAUUAGGGCAUGCUGCACGCUUCCAAAUGAGGCAGACGCCAAGUAUUGUGAUUUAUCCUUGGAGAGUGUGACAUUAGUUUCACUUUUACUCGUACAAUUUGUCAGCCCAGACGUGAUGUACAAUGGACUUCCAUGGCCAGAAGAAGAGUUUUCAAAGGUCACCGUUGAACGAGACCUGAUUAUCACGAAAUUCUUCAAAAUGAUGCCGUUACUGUGGGAACUCCUGAAUUUCGUGGGAGUGUACCGCCCAGCCCUAUGUUACUGUUCCGUCUUGCUCAGAGCGCUCACUGCUAUUCUGAUUCAUCAGUGGCGUAGCAUGGGCGAUAAAAGCAAAACUAAUGCCACCCACCAUUAUAAUAAUCUCUUGGAAAAUACGAUUAGGGUUGUUGACAUAAUGGCCCUCGGACAGUUACUUCCCCCGCCGCUGUCGAGCAUCAGAGAAGUCUUUCCGCAUUUGAAAUCUUUUGAAAUUGUGGCGAUUUUGAAAGAUGGAAUAUGGUUUUAUAUGAGAGAUCAUGUUCCAUCUCCUGCUCUGUUCACCGUGGAUAGUAACGGAAUACAUUGGAGAGAUCCAUCGAUAGCUAGACCUCAGGAUAUUUAUACAAACUCUCUCCGAAUCAUUUUACAGAGGAAUAUCAAGUCUCUAGGGAAUGUGUAUUCGAAAAUGUUCAUCAAUAUAGCGAAAUAAGGAUCAAUUGUACAAAUUUAAUAUAAAAUCUGUUUUUUAGAAGCACUCGAGGUAGGUUUUUUUGAGAAUUCAAGUUUUUUGUAAAUAUGUAUUUUAUUAAUUGAAAAUUUUAUAAAUAUUUAAUGAUAAACUUA